AUGGACCCCGUGGAGCAUGUGAGCCAGUUUAAUCAAAGAAUGGUCAUCCACUCUCAGAAUGAAACUUUGAUGUGCAAGCUUUUCCCGUCCAGCUUAGGACUCGUGGUGAUGAGAUGGUUCAAUAGCUUGAAAACGGAUUCCAUAGAUUCCUACAAGCAACUCACCCAAGCUUUUGGCUCUCGUUUCAUUAUGAAUAGACGGGUUACUCUGCCUCUGAGCUCAUUAUUAUCAUUAUCCAUACGUGAGGGAGAAACUUUAAAAGCAUACUCGGACAGAUACUGGAAAAUGUACAAUGAAAUGGACAGCAACUAUGACGUUGUCGCCAUCAGCACUUUUAAAAGCAGCCUCCUCACCGAGCAUUGUUUGAGGAAAUCCUUGACUGGUAAACUUGUCACCAGCGUUCGUCAACUUAUGAACCGGAUUGACAAAUACAAAAAAGUGGAAGAGGACCAACUACAAGGGAAAGGAAAGGAGAAGAUCAUUCCUCAAAAGAGGAAUGAUUUUAGGUCGAAACGAUACAACAAUAACCAUCCAAGAAGAGAUUUGGUAGGGCAAUCAGGAUCAGCCAACAUGCACACGGUUAACGCCGUAUUCAGAGAACCGGUACACCAAGUUUUAAAGAUAGUCAAGAAUGAGCCAUUCUUUAAGUGGCCGAAUAAGAUGACUGGAGACUCCACAAAGCGCAAUCAGAGUUUAUAUUGUCAGUACCACCAAGACCACAUACAUACUAUCGAGGAUUGCAGGAACCUAUGGAACCAUUUGGAUCAGUUGGUUUGA